AUGUCAUCGCCCAAGCUCAAGGGCCGCAAAAAGGACUCAAUCGAGCAGUUCAUCGGCAGUCAGCAGCUCUUCCUCGAAAACGGGUUGUCCCAGUUGCGCUACAUGAUCCUCAUAGAGGGCCUCUCCAUCCCCCCAGGUUACGAACAGUGUCCAUACCGCUCCUAUGUGUGGGGAAUUCUCUGUCGUGUGCCCAACCUCCCAACGCAACGCUACCUCAAGUUAGUUUCACAAGUCCCCACCACGUUGGACCCCACUGUCUACGCCAAAAUCAAGAACGACACCUUCAGAACCCUCAUGAACGACAAGCUGUUCCAUCUGAAGGUGUCGGAAGAGUCGUUGAUUCGCAUCCUCUCGUGUGUGGCUGUCACCAUGAACAACAAGGUGGGAUACGUCCAGGGAUUGAACGUGCUCUUGGCUCCAAUCGCUUACUCGUGCUACAAAAGCGAACCCCAAGCAUUUGCGCUCUUGCACGGGCUUAUCACCAACCACAUUCCAUUGUACAUCACCCCUAACUUGGACGGUGUGCACACUGGUCUCAGCUUGGUGGAUAUAGUGCUCAAGAUCAUCGACCCAAUCUUGAGUGAGUAUCUCGACUCCAAAUUUCUCAAGGCCGAGAUCUAUGCCUUCCCUUCCGUGUUAACACUCUGUGCGUGCACGCCACCAUUGAAGUCGGUUUUGAAGCUUUGGGACUUCCUUUUUGCAUACGGCACCCACAUGAACAUCCUCUUCGUGGUGGCCCAGCUUAUCAUCCACAGAUCGGCACUUUUGAGCUCUCCCCAGCCAAUGAAGAUCUUGAGAAACUUCCCGGCUUUGGAGGAGAGCGAAAUUAUCAAGUUGAGCUUGAGUUUCAUCCCUGAGUUGCCCAAGAAAUUGUUUGAUUUAAUUGCUAGACAUGGCUACGAUCCAAAGGUUCCUGGUGAACUUAAAGAGUUUUUGGCGACCUAG